CUUCACUCUGAAUAUGCAAGUGACAAGACAUAACAUUGCGCGCUUCCAAGUUCUCGAGCGCCAUGUAUAUUCACACGUGUGAUUAGUUGGGGGAGUCCGCACCUCAUCAGACAGGUGGCCGUGACAUCUAUCUGCUCCAUUUACCCCCUCCACUCUGUAACUCUAUCCAAGUUUCCUGCCCUGCAUCGCUGCCAUGUCUUGGACUCCGUUUCUGUGUAGCGUACCAGCGACCGUAAUUUCAAUUAGUGUUGUUGUCGAGCUCGAGUGGUUGAAGGAACGCUGGCAGACUCAGGACGUCCAAAAUGCUCGCAAAUGGAUACUACAAGCAAGUUGGCCAGGCUCAAACCUAAUCGGAAACCGCACGCUCAGUAUCACAGCAGGAGCUCACCAACUCAACAGCGAUUGCCUCUCGAUCUUUCGCUCAGCAUCCACUACUACUAGCAGCACCAGCACUAUUCCUCCGACUCCCAUCAUCGUCUCUGAAACAAUGAUGCGCUCACCAACACCAGAAACCACAGAGGAACGCAUCCGCAAGGAACUCGAACAGGACAGGAAAGAUGCUGAGUGCGAGUUGAAGAUGCAGGUCUACAACUCGAAACGGCUAAACGCACAACAGAUAUAG